CGGGUGUAUUUCUGUGAGACAAUAUUUAUUCAUAUUAUAGGGAUUCUAAAAAGGAAGUCAGUUCUAUUAGUUUUGUCUUGUAAUUCGAACGAAAUUGGUAUUGAAAGCUAAAUAAUUCAGGAGCUUGGACGGCGGGUCCUCUGUUAUUGUAUUUAAGAGGUCCACUCAGCUGAAUAAAUCAUCAGGCAGCACCAAGCCACCCAUGGGUCUGCUGGAGAAGCUGUCCCUAUGGUUGAGUGGAGGAGGCACCCCGGCAUCUGUGCUGGUGCUCGGCCUGGACAACAGCGGCAAGAGUACGCUCCUGAACGCGCUCCGACCUCCAGACCAGCGCGCCCAGUAUACUGUACCGACAGUGGCACAACAGCAGGACCAUUUCCAAAGCGGUGGCGUGUCAUUCAGCGCGUGGGACGUGGCGGGUGCCGCGCGGAUGAGGCCCCUGUGGGAGCGCCACUACCGGCGAGCUGAUGCCGUCAUCUUCGUGGUGGACGCGGCCGACCACCUGCGGCUGGUGGUGGCUCGUGAGGAGUUGGAGUUGAUGCUGGCUCACCCGGACAUGUUCGGCCGGCGGGUGCCGCUACUAGUGUUCGCCAACAAGAGUGACGCGUCCCUCGCGCUCUCCGCGUCACACGUCGCCGCAGCUCUGGGUCUGGAACGCAUCUCGGACAAGCCGUGGCAUAUCUGCGCAUCAAGCGCGCUCAGCGGCGCCGGAGUGGCAGACGGAAUCGCCUGGCUUGCACGCCAGCUGCGGGAGAUGAAGACCAAGCAUUAGGGAUUUAGAACUUUUGAUGUGGAUGAUGGAUACUGAACACAGAUGGAAGCCAGCGAUUAUAAGCCAUCCAUUGAGCUUCCCGUAUUGGGGACUAUUAAAUUUUAUAUUAAUUAUAAUUAUUAACAUUAAGUAUUGCUAUGUAAGUUUUAUUAGGCGAUACCUAAACCCAGGAAUAACUGAAAGGUGAAAGUUUGUCUGGUCUUUUAACUUACUGACUAAUCGUAUUUAGUGAUCGCAUUUCGCUCAGAUGGUAUUUCAUUCCGACGAGUGAAGAGAAAAGCGAAUGAUAGAAGCAGAAAAUAAAAAUUGUGUUAUAAUAUAGAUUUUAGAAUUGUUUUUUAAUUCCCGUAUCAAAAUAGUACACUUCUGAUGGUGACAAUAUCCAUAUUAAUAUGUGAAUGCCAAUUUGUUUAUUACGCUUGUACGCCGCAGCUACUGAAUCAAUUUUGAUGAAAUUUGUUACAGCUAUCGCUGACUAGAGCUUGGGAAAGGACAAAGGCUACAUUUUUAACCAGAAUAAUUCAUGGUUCCUGCGGGAUUUGUGAAUAAUUGAAAUUCACGUCGAUGAGCUUAUCAGUAGCAGGUUUAGUUUGCCAUAGCAAUCUUUCUCGAAAUAAGAUUCAUAAAAUAUGUUGGAAACGGGAGGGAAAACGGGAACCGGAACGGGAAUAGGACAUGAUCUUUAAAAACCCUUUAUCUACGCGGCCGAAGUCGCGGACAUCAGCUAGUACAAUAUGUUAUAGUCGGUAUUUGGAAAAAAUAAUAAAUAAAAACAGUGUUUAGAGUGUUAGAUAUUAUGAUAAUUAAAUUUUAACCUUUUUUCUCUUAAAUAUAUUUUUAAAGUAUGUUUGUUUGUCACGUCAGAACUGUGUGGUUGGUGGACCGUUUUCUUUCAUUAUUUAUAAUUAAUAAUAUUAUUUAAAUA